AUGGUUGCCUCCUUAGCAGAGCAGCUAAGCAUCGACGAAAUCGGACCCGGUGAAUAUGCAUCGCGCAUCCCUCCUGAACGCAUGGGCAACGCGCUGCCUAUCGCCUAUGGAGGCUGUACUUUGGGAAUAGCCGUCCACGCUGCAUGCAAGACGGUUCCCCCGACACAUAGGCUUUACUCGCUUGUCGGACAUUUUCUGGGACCGGCAUCAACCACGGAGAAGCUCUACUGUACGGUGCACUCGUCACGGAAUACAAAGACCUUUGCCACACGACGGGUUGAGGUCAGCCAAAUCCGGCCCGAUGGAAAGAAGCGCGUGUGUCUUGAGCUUCUGGCCGACUUCCAAAUAGAAGAGCCGGCAAUGCUCACGUACUCGACCCCGCCAGUAUUACAGUACUCUGGACCGGAAAAGAGUCGAUCCUUUGGGGAGUUGGCGCGAGAGGCCGUCGCUUCAGGCCAAAUGGACGAAAAGGAUGCCGCCAAAGUCAUCGAGUCGUUUGCUUUGGGUGAUUCUUUCUUUGACACAAGGCUUUGUCCAGAGGGUGUCUCGGGGCAGAACGUUGGGGGCGCCAAUAAGCAAAAACAAACGACACAAGAACACCUCCCCAUUACCGACAAGACGUCUGGAGACUGGAGCAGGACACGUGCGCCGCUAGAGUCACGAGAUGAGAGGGCAGCUGCGGUCGCCUUCCUGCUUGAUGGUGGCCUCGCUUUCCUACCGUUGGGACACAGCCAUAAGUGGCUCGACGACUCGGCGGCCUGUAGUUCAUUGGACUUUGCUUUGCGCCUCUUUUCAUCCGACAUAGAUUUGAGUUCCUGGCAUCUGAGAGAACGGAGAACUACAGCAGGAGGUCUAGGCAGGACAUAUACAGAGGCUAGGCUCUGGGACGAGAAGGGCCACCUUGUCGCGUCCAUGACACAGCAGUCCAUCAUGCGACCAUGGCCAGAGAACAAGACGAAAGGGAAGCUAUAG